AACCAAAGAGCAUUGAAGUCAAGUACGCUGUGCAUUAACAUGUCGAAGCAAAUAGUUCACGUCAAUUUUUGUGAUAAAAUCGUGAAAACAAUGUAGUGUCGUUGAUUGUUAUCAAUUAUGCGUGCGAUAAAUGCUGUUUGGACGAAGAAUUCACCGGCUUUUCACUUGACAUCAAUGUUUUCGAAUGUGACGAAAUUCGCAUACGAUGUCGGUCAAUGACUUCGCUGAUGCUAAUGCUUAUGAUUAUCAGAUAUGAUCGAUCUCACACAAUGUACUCGUAUUUCGUACGAUCAAUCUUAAUGCACCAUGGCUCAAUCAUCAUCAGUCAGUAGCACAUCCAGUAGAAAACACACCAGAGAGCAUAAGCACUCUUCUACUGAACACAGUAGUAAUUCACAGAAAAAUGAAAGUGAUUGGGAUAAAAAACAGGCUCUAAUCAUGAAAGAACUGGAAGAGACUAAAGCAAGAUGUGUUCAGAUGGAAAAAACUAUGCGAUGGUGGUCUGAAUGUACUUCUAACUGGAAGAAGAAAUGGGAAGACGUGAGAGAUGAAAGAAAUCAAUUUAAAAGAGAAUUAAAAGCAGUAAGAAUAAAUCUAGAAUAUGCUACUAAGGAUUCUAAAUUAUACAAAGAAGAAUGUCAGGAGUUAUUAGCUCAGAACAGUAUUCUCAAAAAAGAAGUAGCUAGGCUACAACGUUUAAUGAAUGAUUCUGGUCACUUUGAAAAUUCUGUUAUCGAAACAAAUUCUCAAAUAAAGAACAUAGUUUUACACAGUGAAUUGAUGCCAACUUAUAGUAAUGGUGAUGGGUCAGGAAAGAUAACACCAACAUCACUGAAAAAAGAAGGUGAUAACUGCAAAAGUCCAAAAAGUAGCACAGAUGGUAGAGAUUUCAUUGAUAAAGAUAUAGAAGAUUAUAUUUCUCAAGGAGCUGUACCCAAGCGAGUAAUAGAUACUAGUAGCAAGGAAAAUUCAUUAACUGAUUCAGAAAAACGAAUGUUAAGAUUAGGUCCAAACGAUGAGUCUCUGCUGCAAAAAAUUAGUGUACUUACUACAAAAUUAGAUGAAGCUGGCCUAACAAUAACUGAGGAAAAAGAAGAGAAAGAAAUCCUACUUAGAAAAGUUGAAAAAUUAAACAGCGAAAUCAAGAAAUUGAAAAAGGCUUGUGAAGAAUUAAAAGAAAGUCGAACGGACGUCAUGAGAGAAUUAUUAGAAAUUAAAAGCGAAAAUUUCCGAGGUGAAUUGCAAUCUGAUUUGGCUGACGAAACUAUUAACAAGGAAGGUCAAAAUUCCAGAUUGGCAGAGCUUCGAUUAGAACUUGAACGAUUACAAGCCGAAAAUGCCGCCGAAUGGGGUGAGCGCGAACGUUUGGAGACAGAAAAAAUCUUACUCGAACGAGAAAACAAACAACUGCGCAACGAACUGCGAGAAAUCAAGGAACGUCCCCUGGAUUCGCCUCUUUCGUCGUCAAGAAAGUCAACCAGACCCAAGUCGGGCUGCCUCGAUUCUCCCGAAUCAACCAAGCAAUUGCAGGUCGAGUUACUCGAAACGAAUCGCGAGCUGUCGGAUUUGAAGCAGUCGGUUGCCAAGCUGAAAAAACUGCUCGCUGAAAAGACGACGGAAUUGUCUCACUCGACUCGUCGGUCCGAACAGUACGAGGUCGAAGUCAAGAGAAUAAGAAAAAGAGUCGACGAGCUGAAAAAAGAACUGACAACUGCUCUGGAAGAGGUCGACGCGGCCAACCUGACUAUUCGCAGAUUGAAGAGGACGAACGAGAAUCUCCAGGACGAACUCGACGACACCCGCGAGAAAUUAGACGAAGUUAGAAGAAUUCAUAACGAGAACCGUGCACCCGAUGUCGUUGCAGAAAUAAUCGAUGAAGAAAAGUGCCGGGAAUGCACCGACGACGAAAGGAAAGAUUUAGAAAAAGUUGAUGUAGGUAGCGGCGAGGAUGACUAAUGACUGAAUUUAUGAAUCACGUUCCUGUAAAUAUACAUUAAUGUUUGAUACCAAUGCUCGGGUAAAAGUUACGAAAAUAGUUCAUAUUUUAAUUUAAUUAACGAUAUCGUGCUGUUUAUGACACUAGCAGCAUUAUCAUGUGAUUUUUAGUUUAUUUUAUUGCAUUUACUUACAGAUAAACCUAUAAGGAUAUUGUGGUAUUUUUUUUUGUAACUUUAAUUUCUUGCCGAAUCUUGUACUGAACAUGAAGUUAUUUAUCAUAUUUUUCCACGGUAACAUGAAUGUUCAUAUUUAUUUUUUUACAUUACCCAUUUAAUUUGAAAAAGAGACUUCAAUGUAUUAUAUUAAAGUAAUAACGUUUAAAAGCUGUAAGUUAGAUAAUUAAAUAGGUGCUUUACAUACAUUACCUCAAUGAACCUAAGCCUCUCAUUAGGAAAAUGAGAAAAGAAAUGAUGUAACUAAAGCCUCAUUUAUUUUUAACUGC